GGAAAACGUGUAGGAGUGUUUUCUGUAGUGAAAUCCAUCAAGAAGUUGCUGUUUUACUGUGUUUUUGUUGCGCUUCUAGCUUCUGGCGACAGCUAACUAAAUCUUAAAAAUGGGGAAAGCAGAAUUUUUAACCCCUAAAGCGAUCGGAAACAGGAUAAAAGCCAAAGGUCUUCAAAAGUUACGAUGGUAUUGUCAGAUGUGUCAAAAACAAUGUCGAGACGAGAAUGGCUUUAAGUGCCACUGCAUGUCCGAGUCUCACCAGAGACAGCUGUUGCUGGCCUCGGAAAACCCGAACCAAUUCAUGGACUACUUCUCCGAGGAAUUCAAGAAUGACUUUUUAGAGCUGGUCAGAAGACGCUUUGGGACAAAGCGAGUGCACAACAACAUAGUUUACAAUGAGUACAUCAGUGACAGGGAGCACAUCCACAUGAACUCAACCCAGUGGGAGACGCUCACCGACUUCACCAAAUGGCUGGGGAAGGAAGGUUACUGUAAGGUGGAUGAGACACCCAAGGGCUGGUACAUCCAGUACAUCGACCGUGACCCGGAGACCAUCCGGCGGCAGGAGGAGCUGGAGAAGAAGAAGAAGCAGGACCUGGACGACGAGGAGAGGAGUGCCAAGUUCAUCGAGGAGCAGGUCCGCAGGGGCCGCGAGGGCAAGGAGGAGGAGGCGCCGGUGUUCACAGAACUGAAACGAGAGAGUGAAGAGGAAAAAGUUGCCUUCAAUCUGAGCAAGGGGCCCUCCUGUUCUACUGCAGCCUCCUCCAAAACAAGUACUACACUGGGGCCUAGUGCCCUCCAGGCUGCAGCAUCUGCGAAGAGGAAGGCAACCAGUCACAGCUCGGAGUCCAAGGAGAAGAAGAAGUCUGCCCUGGAUGAAAUAAUAGAGAUGGAGGAGCAGAAGAAGAAGUCGGUGAGAGCGGAUCACUGGCUCUACCCUAACAUUGUGGUGAAGGUGAUCACAAAGAAACUGGGGGAGAAGUACCACAAGAAGAAAGGAGUAAUCAAGGAAGUGCAGGACAAGUUCACAGCCAUAGUGAAGAUGAUCGACUCUGGUGACAAACUGAAGCUGGACCAGAGCCACUUGGAGACAGUCAUCCCUGCGCUAGGGAAAAGGGUUCUGGUGUUGAACGGGCCCUACAGAGAAACCGAGGCCAUACUAGACGGUAUCAACGAGAAGCGGUUUUCGGCUACCCUGGUUCUGGACUCGGGGCGCCUCAAAGGAAAGACAGUUGAUGGGAUUGCCUACGAAGACUUCUCCAAACUGGCCUGAGGCGGGGGGAUUCCAACCCAGUGUGUGGCAACCCAUCCUGUACAACUCUACUGUGUCAGAGUUUUUCUCACUGGUUGUCUUUUCAUAUUCAGUGUUGAUAAAUAUUGUUGUCUGUAGUUCUGAGGGAAAGUGAUUUAUUUUAUCAGCCAUGACCGCAUAUAUGGAAUUCAGUCUGUCCAGCUGUAUGAAUGAGUAACCACCUGAGAUUUUUUUUCUCUUUUAUUUUGUAAUGUAUUUGAAAUACAUACUGGCAAAUAAAAUGUAUAUCCCGAAUGAUCAGCACAAGUGAGCUGUAAUUAUUAAGGAAUUAUUUAAAUUGAUUACAGUUUAUACAUUGUGGAUUGGGGGAAUGGGGAAAGAUCAGCAGAUGUGAGGAAUUAAACUGUUUAAUUCAGGAACAUGAGUGAGAACAAUUUUGGAGAAUUAGGUGAGGAUGCCAUUUCCACUGUACAGUUAAUGUGAAUAGAUAUAUAUCACUUGAUUUUGGAGUUUCCAUCAUUCACUUUUUUUGGGGGGGUUGCCAAAUGUACAUUCUCAGUUUCCAUCAUUUAUAUUUUUUGAGGCUAAAAGGAGCAGAUUUCUUUUAGCCCAAUGCAAAUGGACCAAGGCUGCAGAAACUCCACCUUCAACUGACACCAUUGGUUUGUAUACAUAUUGAGGUAACCAAUAAAAGACUGUCUAAACA